CGUGGAACGAACAACAAAUAGUUUUUUAUUUACAUAGUAAUCAAACCUCAAAUUUAUGAGUUUAUAUACCUAUACAUAUUUGUAGAUAUGUAAUAAAAUAAAAUUAUAUUUUCCAUUUACAUGUGUACUUAUUUGAUGUAAUCUGAAAAUUCUCUUUGAAGUCAGCAACUAUUUCAGUAGUUAUGGGACCAAAUAUGAUAAACAACUAAAUCACAUGUAUGUAGUGGAUGUCAACAAUGAGGGAAUGAAGUUUCAAGUUAACCUAUAUAAUUGAAUGUAUAUCGUUUAUUUAUACAUAUUAUCGAAAUAAGUAUAUCAUUGUGUUUACAUUGUUACACGAAUAUUAUAACUUUCAAAAUGAGUGCUCCAAUAAGCACAGCAAUGGACAGUUUAUCAGCUGCACUUAAAUCUAACAUAAUACCAAAUCAAGAAUAUUUAUUGCAAGGAUCAGUUUUGGAUAGUGCAGUAGAAGUAUUGCUUCACAGGUUACGUGGUUUAUGUGAUAAUGUUGAUACUGGACCAGAAACAUUUAAUGAUCAUGAAAUGUGUUUCAGUAUUAGAGCAUCAGAACAACCAUUACUUUUACGUGUAAGGAGAGCUUUGGAUUAUCAAGAUAUGCCCUGGCAAUUACGAUAUAUUGGUCAGCCAGAAUUGGGUGAUAAAUCACGUCCAACAAUUGUUAGAAGCAGUUUAGAUAUUGCAACUAGUAACACAGUUGUUGACUUUCUAACAGAACUUGGAUGUAGAUUAGAUUUUGAAUACAUUGCUCGUGGUUAUAUGUUUCGUAAAGGGAGAAUGAAAGUCACAGUUUCUAAGAUAUUUAAAAUGGGUCAGCAGGGAAAAAUGCCUGAAAGUAUGGAAGCCAUAUCUCAAAGCUAUUUAGUGGAAUUGAGCGUUUUAGCACCAAGUGGUCAAGAUGCAAUAGCAGAAGAUAUGAGAAUUUUUGCCGAACAAUUGAAACCUUUGGUUCAGCUGGAAAAAAUUGACUACAAAAGACUUGUUCAUUAAUAUAACAGUUACAGAAUUAAUUAGUAUUAUAUUUUUAUUACAAAACUGUAUUCCUUGCAUCUAUAAAUUUAUUUUGUAAAAUUGUA